GUUCCGUCUGCCCAGCUGAUUCAGCUGCCGAUCCAGGUGCUGCUCGGUUGGAGUGCGGAUGGGAAGCCUUUUAUCUGCAGUGGGGUUCAAAUCAACUUUGUAGAAGAAAAGAAAGAAAGCCCAAUGGAAAGACGGAGCGGAGAGUUUUGAGAGGCGGCGAUUGGGAGAAAUGUGAGCCUUAGGCCGCAAAAACUCACUGUCAACCACACGACUGAACGGAGCACUGAGAUAUAAAACGAUCAAGCGAUGUUAAGAAUACGCUUAUCUCACAGCUUGCGAGCACACUGGUAGGACUGGAAUGUUAUGGCUAAAAUCAGUGUCGAGACGGCAAUACUUCGAAAUUUGUCCGCUUGCAGAGACUCCAGCGUGCCUUCCUUACCUGGAAAGCGCAGCGGCUCGGACCUCCAACUUCGAUCAAAACUGUUGACUGAGAUCCGUGCACCUGUAAGAUGCCUUCCUUCGCCAUAGAGGUCCCCGGAGAGGCGAACCCACUUACCGAAGAGCAACUUGUUCACACUCUUGGCUCGGCUGCCUCGUCCGACCAAGGCCAGAUACGUAGCGCCACGACCCAACUUGAGCGAUGGGAGCGUAGCGAAGGCUACUAUAAGCACCUUCAGAGCGCGUACCUAGACUCCAGACUACCCACUGAACUUCGCUAUCUGGCUAUCAUACAACUCAAGAAUGGCAUCGACAAGUACUGGCGAAAGACUGCAACUAAUGCCGUCUCCAAGGCGGACAAAGCAGCCAUCCGCUCUAGGCAGCUGGACAGCUGCCUAAACGAGACCGAUGAUCGCCUCGCGCUGCAAAAUGCCUUGGUCAUCGCGAAGAUUGCACGCUUUGAGUACCCUCACGAUUGGCCGGAAUUGAUACCGGCACUAACGAACAUUAUCCGAAACGCUUCCCAGAUAGCACCACUACAGCUCGUAAGGGCGCUUCUGACACUGCUACAUAUCAUCAAAGAGCUUGCGACUGGACGGUUACAGCGGUCACGCCAGAACCUCCAGGCUGCGACGCCAGAGCUGGUGCAUGUGCUUGGCAGUCUAUACAGCCAGACUGUCCUUCACUGGCAGCCUCAACUACCCCAUGACCUGGACGAAAGUGCGAUAAGGUUAAGCCUAAUGACCAUGAAGGUGUUGAGACGACUGGUGAUCGUAGGCUACGAACAUCCGCAUCGUCAUGAGGAAGUCGUCACUGUGUGGGAGAUGACACAGCAGCAUCUGUCCAAGCUCUUGGGAAUGCGGUCGGAGAUACCCGCAUCAGAAGUGUUUGACAAGCUCACGCUGCAAUUGGCGAAGCUACACCAUACUAUGUCCAUGGAGCAUCCGGCGUCAUUCGUUCUCUUGCCGAACAGCGUCGACCUCGCUCGCGCAUACUGGACCUUCGUCAAGACAUACGGUGAGCAGAUAGGUACUGGAGAGACUGUCAGCAUAGCCGUUGCUGAUGGAAGGAUUGAUACCAACGGAGAGCCAGACGAGAAAGGGCACGCCGAGAAACUCUCAUUGCGCGGCUUGCUAAUUCUACGGGCUUGUGUGCAGAUGGUGCACUAUCCAGCUCAGGCGUUCAAGUAUCGCACCGCUGAAGACAAGGAGCAGAAGAACCAAGCAACCGAGCUGUUACGCACCGAGCUAUUCUCGAUUGCGUUCGUACAAGAGGUCUUCCAGUCGCUGGUCACACGCUUCUUCAUUUUCCGCGCGAAAGACCUCCGCGAAUGGGAAGAUGAGCCCGAAGAUUGGGAGAAGGGCGAAGAACACACCGGCUUAGCUGAGGCUUGGGCAUACGAAGUCAGGCCUUGUGCAGAGAAGUUAUUCUUGGAUCUGGCGAUCAACUACAAGGACAUACUUCUACAGCCGCUCCUGCAAGUCUUCUAUGAAGUCGCCAAGCCAGAGCACGAAGAUGUCAUGUUUAAGGAUUCCGUUUAUACUGCCGUUGGCCUUGCCGCGCCCAUACUGCACGACUCGCUCGACUUCGAUGCGUUCAUCCGAGAUGUUUUGGUGCAAGAAGUGCAGAAACAGACUGCAGGCUACAACAUUGUGCGCCGGCGAGCAGCCAUUUUGCUCGCGCAGUGGAUCUCGGUCAAGAUCAACGAGCGACAGCUCGUCUUCCAGAUCUAUAACUUCCUACUCGACCCUGACAAGGAACUCAACGACUUAGUCGUCCGAGUCACCGCGGGUAAACAGCUACACGCCGUGAUUGACGACUGGGGUACGAAAGCCGAAGAGCUGCAGCCGUACGUGCAGAGCAUUCUCAGGAGGCUCCUGGCGCUGACAAUCGAGGUCACCUAUAUCGACACACGAAUGGAGCUCCUCAACACCGUCUCUGUGGUUGUGGAGAGAAUGGAGCAUCGUAUCUCUCCGCAUGCUGACAUGAUCAUGGCUACGCUACCGACACUCUGGGAGAAGAGGACUGACGAUGUCCUGCUAAAGCAAGCGAUCCUUAGUUUGCUAGUCCGACUCCUCAACGCCAUGAAAGCGGACUCCGUACCCUUCCACGGCAUCAUGUGGCCGAUCAUUACCGCUACCAUGAAGGCAGGGCCAGAGAUCGACUUCUUCCUGCUCGAAGACGCUCUGGAUCUUUGGGGUACGAUACUCGUGCAGACUCCACGGCCAGCGUCGGACGAGAUACUUAACCUCAUGCCUGAGAUCUUCCGAGUCUUCGAGUUCGGCUCAGAGGAGUUACGCCAGGCUCUGCAGAUCACCGAAUCGUACGUCGUGCUUGCUCCGGCUAAUAUUCUACACAACACUCUGCCGCUUCUAGACCAACUACGGUCGUUGCUGGACUCUCUCCAGAGCAAGGCAGAGGCUAACGGUAUGGUCUGCAACAUCAUCGAACUCCUCAUCCGCUCCGCGCAGAAGCUCGGCGGCGAGGGUGCCGUAGCCGAGAUUGCUGUCUCCAUGACCCGGAGUCGUUUGUUACAGACACUACUUGUAGGCCUGCGAGGCAGCUGGAUGGCCCACUGCACCACCGGUCCCCUGGCGAAGGAGCCGCCUGUCGAUGGUAUCGUAGAGACCGAUUACUUCGCCGUCCUUGCCCGGCUCAUUCUCGGCUCGCUUGACGGCUUUAGUGCGGCCAUCAGGACGGCUUCGGCGGGCUUCUCCAGUGACAACGUGGACGUAGAAGGCACGAUGAAGUGGCUACUGGAAGAGUGGUUCAACCACUUUGAGAACGUCGGCGAUCCUGGAAGGCGGAAGCUGAUGUGCUUAGCUUUAACCAAGCUGCUCGCGACGAACCAACCUUUCAUUCUGCUGCACCUGCAGUCACUCAUGACCGUCUGGACCGACAUCAUCACGGAGCUGCGCGAAGGCGCGGAGGACACGACAGGCGACUCACUGGUCUACGCAUCUGCUGCUGCUGAAGCCAGCUCGGAGGGUCUUGAAGCGCCUGAGGAUGUGCGCAGGAGGGAGUUGACUUGUAGUGAUGAAGUGCAUACGGUCAACCUGCCGGAGUUCGUGAAGUUUUACUUGGAGCAGGCUGUUGCUGCUGCGGGGGGGAGUGAGAGGUUUCAACGGGAGUGGUUGGUUAAUGUGGACAAGGAGGUUGUAGCGGCGUUUACGCAAUUGGGAAUAAUAUAGGACAGUAGUAUCUAGCAGACGGUGGCGCGAGAGAUCGUAAUGUUAUGCAAGCCGAGCAGAUAUUUCUCACCGAUCCGUAUUCGUGGGAAACCUACCUCGAGCAGAGUACGGAGAGCUAUGAUUGCAUGCACGCCGUAUUCGAGGUCCAUCAGCGGCACUGUUUCCACAGGCUAUUCUGUCAUACAGUGACAUGCAGCUUUGCGGUCAGUGACCUGGAAACAGUUUACUGAAGCGAUGCCGCUCUCGCACCUCAUUGGCGCGCGAACUGCCUGUGCAGACGACGUGCAGCCAACAUUCCAAGC